CGCCGCGCGGCAGGAGGUUUCUCCAGCGUGGGCGAGGUUGUCCUCCCCCCACCCCAUUUUCCCCCCUUCCUCCUUUCUCAUUCCCCCAAACUUGGAAGAAAGUCCUUCAGGAUGGAGGCGACGCGGCCGCAGCGCGGGUCCUUUGUCCGAACCCGGCACCUGAAGCGCGUCGCCCGGGUGCGUCAUUGAACUUACCCGGUCCUUUUUUUAUUUUUUUUUUAUUUUUUUUCUUCUCUUUUUUUGGGCUCAUCCCCGAAACCUUGCCGGUGCGUCCACGAUGCUCGGGGCGCCCCGCUGACAAUGGGCGUGUUGGCGGAGUACAACUCCAGCGGCAACUUGACCCCGGCGGUGUCCGAGGCGGGCACGGUGCUCCCGGGCUACCUGGCGCUGCUGGUGUCGGUGCUGAUGGUGACGCUGGUGGUCACGGUGGUGGCGGGGAACGCGCUGGUCAUCAUGGCUUUCAUUGUGGAUAAAUCCCUCAGAACUCAGAGCAACUACUUCUUUCUCAACCUGGCCAUAUCUGAUUUUCUAGUGGGUGCCUUCUGCAUCCCGGUCUACAUUCCCUACAACCUGACCGGCAGGUGGAUGCUGGGUAAGGGUCUCUGCAAGGUGUGGCUGGUCAUGGACUACCUGCUCUGCAGCGCUUCUGUCUUCAACAUCGUCCUCAUCAGUUACGACCGCUUCCUGUCCGUCACCAGAGCUGUGAAGUACAGAGCCCAGCGCAACAUGACCCGCCAAGCCGUGUUGAAGAUGGUGGCCGUGUGGGCACUGGCCUUCCUCCUCUACGGCCCCGCCAUCAUCUUCUGGGAGGCGCUGGUGGGCCGGAGCGUGGUGCCGGCUCACGAGUGCUACGCCGAGUUCUACUUCACCUGGUACUUCCUCCUCUGCGCCUCCACCUUCGAGUUCUUCACCCCCUUCGUGUCGGUGGCCUUCUUCAACCUGAGCAUCUACUUGAGCAUCCACCGGCGCAACAAGAGCCUGGCGGCGUGCGCCGAGGUGGCGCCGCCCCCGCCAAAGAGCCGCAAGAGUCAGCGGGACGGCGUGGCCUGGUCGGUGUUCUUCGUCAAGACGCGGAAGGUGUCGUGCAGCGAGCCCACCGCCAUCUCCGCCGUCAUCGAGGACGACGACGUGCUCUCGCCGUCCUCCGGCGCGAACAACCCCGCCGCCGGCCAGGUGCUGGCUCAGCGGGGGAAGCUUUCCCCGGGGAGAAGGAACUCCAGGCUCUUCCAGCCGUCGCCGUCUUUGGGGGUGCCCGGGCGCCGGGCGCAGGGGUCCCGCCUCUCCCGCGACAUCAAGAUCGCCAAGUCCUUAGCCGUCAUCGUGUGCACUUUUGGGAUUUGCUGGGCGCCGUACACCCUCCUGAUGAUCAUCCGCGCCGCCUGCAGCGGCACCUGCGUGGCCGACUACUGGUACGACAUCACCUUCUGGCUGCUCUGGCUCAACUCCGCCAUCAACCCGUUCUUGUACCCGCUGUGCCACAGCAGCUUCCGAAGGGCUUUCUCCAAGAUCCUGUGUCCCAAGAGACCGUCCAUCCAGCCUCAGAUGGAGGCGCAGUCUUGCUAGGAACAACCGCGAAAAACUCGACCAAUGCAAAAAAACUGUGUUCGGAAAAAACAAAAACAAAAAAAAACUUCUCGUUCUUCCAUGGCGAAAAUAGGAAAAGUGAGUCUGUGAGGUCGCUGGAAAAGCACACAUGGCAAUAUCAUGUCAUCCGAGGAGGAUGAGUGCGUACCUCCGCCAAGGCUCCGCGAAACAAAACAAUCACGUCUUUGCACUACUUCAAUUUUUACAGUGGAACCCCAACUCACUCGAAUUGCCGCGGAAAGAAAGACGAAAAAAUGAUCUUUCAAUAGCUCGUUCACCUGCUCCGGGUGUUGUUGAUAGAGUGUCCCGACCUGAGAUCGAUAGGCCGUGAGUUCAAACCAAAGACUAUGAAAAACGGGAGCCAUUACCUCCCUGUUUGGCACUCAGCAUCAAGGCUUGGAUUUGGGGGUUAAAUCACCCAAAAAUUAUUCCCGGGCGCGGCCACCGCUGCUGCUCACUGCUUCCCUCACCUCCCAGGGGGAGGAACAAGUGGAUGGCUCAAAUGCAGAGGGUGAUUUCACCACACCUAGUGUGUACAUGGUACUUUAACUGUUCCUCUCAUAAAACCGUUUCUGACUGUACAGCAGGUGUGUGCAAAAUUUCAAGUGGAAUGUCCAUCCAUUUUUUUACCGCUUGUCCCUUUCGGGGUCAAUUUAAGUUGACGUCAAACUGCAAUUCAAAGUCGAAUUAAAGGAACUACAAUUUUGGAAAGUUUAAUCGAUAAAUAUUUUAAAAUCAACCGGCGGGGCGGGCCUUGUGGCCGAAGAAGAAACAUGUAUGCUAUUGCUAGUGAUGUAAACCGUGUAAAACAGGGAAAAUAAAUAUUUCAACUACAGUACAAAUGGAAGGCAGUAUUGGUACUGGAUGCAUGCUAACUGUUAGCAUACUUACUUUUUUUGUGUGCUCAUUUUCAACUGGGUGCUUGAUACUUGCUGUUAGCAUGCUAACCUUUUUAGCUAUUUUUCCAUAGAAUCCUAUAACUUGCUAGGAUUCCAUUAUUCUUGGAAGUUGAAAGUCAUAAGUUGGAAAAGUUGAAAUUUCCAAUAAGUUAACUCGGAAAGUCUGACUCACCAGUACAAAAGUACAAAUGGAAAGUAUUGGCACUGAAUACAUGCUAACUGUUAGCAUGCUAACUUAUUUGGUGCUAAUUUUGCUGUCAAACAUCUCAGUCAUACUAUUUAGUACUUGAUACAUGCUGAUAGCAUGCAAAAUCUUGUAGCAAAUUUGGCAGUCGUACACCUUCAAAUCCUAUACCUUGCUAAGAUUCCAUUAACCUCGUCUUUUAGCAAAUUUUGCAGUCGUACACCUUCAAAUCCUAUACCUUGCAAUGAUUCCAUUAACUUCGAAAGUUGGAAGUCGGAGCUGGGGAUUGAUGUCGCAGCCACAUUUUGAGGUAGUAAAAAUAGAUAUCCACAUCCACACCUUAUUUGAAUAUAAACAACUUAUGGAAAAAUAUGCAACCUUCAAACACGGAGGAUGAAGAGAUAACACAGAUGCUAUUGCUAGGAUUGUAAAACGCAUAAAACAAGGAAAAUAAAUAUUUCAACUACAGUACAAUUGGAAGGCAGUAUUGGUACUGGAUAAAUGCUAACUGUUAGCAUACAAUUUUUUUUUUUGUGUGCUAAUUUUCAACUCAGUGCUUGAUACAUGCUGUUAGCAUGCUAACCUUUUUAGCUAAUUUUCUGUAGAAUCCUAUAACUUGCUAGGAUUCCAUUAUUCUUGGAAGUCGAAAAUGGGAAAUUUGAAAUUUCCGAUGAGUAACUCGAAAAGUCUGACUUCCCAGUACAAAAGUGAUGUAAAAUGCUAGUGAUGUAAAACGUAUAAAAUAUGGAAAAAAAAUAUUUCAACUACAGUACAAUUGGAAUGUAUUGGCACUGGAUACAUGCUAACUGUUAGCAUUCUAACUUUUUUGGUGCUAAUUUUGUCGCUGCACAUCUCAGUCAUACUACUUGGUACUUGAUACAUGCUGUUAGCAUGCUAACUUUUUUUGGGUGCAAAUUUUGCAGUCGUACACCUUAAAAUCCUAUAGCUUGCGAUGAUUCCAUUAACUUCGAAAAUUGGAAGUCGGAGCUGGGAUUGAUGUCGCAGCCAAGUUUUGAGGUAGUAAAAAUAGAUGUCCACAUCCACACCUUAUUUGAAUAUUAACAAAUUAUGGAAAAAUAUGCAACCUUCAAACACGGAGGAUGAAGAAAUAACACAGAUGCUAGUGCUAGGAUUGUAAAACGCAUAAAAGAUGGAAAAUAAAUAUUUCAACUACAGUACAAUUGGAAGGCUGUAUUUGUACUGGAUAAAUGCUAACUGUUAGCAUACUAACUUUUUUGUGUGCACGCUAAUUUUCAACUCGGUGCUUGAUACAUGCUGUUAGCUGUUUACAAAAUUAGCUAAAAAGAAUAACAUGCUGCGGUACACCCUAGAAUCCUAUAACUUGCUAUGAUUCCAUUAUUCUUGGAAGUCGGAAAUGGGAAAGUUGAAAUUUCCGAUGAGUAACUCUAAAAGUCUGACUUCCCAGUUUAAAAGUGAUUUAAAAUGCUAAUGAUGUAAAACAUGGAAAAAAUAUAUAUCAACUACAGUACAAAUGUAAUGUAUUGGCACUGGAUACAAGCUAACUGUUAGCAUGCUAACUUUUUUGGUGCUAAUUUUGCCGGCGCACAUCUCAGUCAUACUACUUGGUACUUGAUACAUGCUGUUAGCACGCUAACUUUUUUUUUUAGAAAAUUUUGCAGUAGUACACCUUAAAAUCUUAUAACUUGUGAUGAGUUAUGAGAGUUACAAUUACAAAGUCAGAAAUCAAGAUGGCCACAACCCCAAAAGCUAUUCUCGUGCUUGCUUUUUCUAAAUAUAAACAACUUGUGGAAAAAUAUGCAACCUUCAAACACAGAAGAUGAAGAGGAAACACAGAUGCUAUUGCCAGGGAUGUAAAACGCAUAAAACAUGAAAAAAAAAAUUGUUUUACGGCACAGUUAUAUCACCAUAUAUAUGAUUAAUUUUCUGUGACAAAAAAAAUUGUCAGAAAUGCUAAUAACGAAUAUUACAAAAAGCUUCUAUUGUUGUUUACAAUCAGAGCAGCCAUCUUUGAAGCCAAAUCUGGGGGAUCUCCGCACUUCCCGACCUCAGGGUGUGUUACGGUUAAGAAUUUUAAACCCUGAUCUCGGAAAUUCUGACUUCCCAACACGAAUGGAACGCAAACAUUUUUUUAUCCGUUUUGAUGCUUUCAGGCUACCUGUUAGCAUGUUAAAAUUGAUGUUAACGUCAAAAUUGUUCCAGGCUUUUUUUUGUUGUGUUUUGUUUAAAUUUGACUUUUUCUGUCACCAUAAUUCUCACACUUCUUCCUACUAAAUAUUCAUAACAUUUUACGUCGCACAUUUUGUGAAUUGAAUGAGUAUAAACAUUGUUUCACAUAAAAAUACAAAAAAGGGCAAAAACAUGUGUAAUGUGGGCGGUGGGGCUCCAGACAAAAUUAUGCUUCAGGCCCUAAUUCAGCAAUACAAUUAAUUUUUAUUUAUUUUAAAUUUUUUUGCAUUACAAAUUCUAACUUGUCUAAUGAAUUGAAAAUUCAAAUUUGGAACUUUGCACGAACCUGUCUUAUAGGCAACAUUUUACCCGUUAGACAAGUGGAAAACAAAAA